GGAGGAGAGAAGAGGAGGAGGUGGCUCAGGACUCAGUAGCCGAGGCUGUGGAUGAGACAGGCUCUAUGUGACAUUCUGCAGCAUGCUGCACAUUAUCCCCAGGGCUGCCCACACUGGCACCUGACUGCAGGAGCAGCACCCACCCUGCACUGGCACCAUCAGCUGCACCCUGGAGCCCACAUCCUUUUACAUGGGGGUGAUUUAGAGACUGAAUGUGACGGAGGAACAAGGAGGGAUCCCAUCCUAACACAGUCUCCUGAUCCGCAGAAUGACAGCCGCGAAGGAGCAGCCAGCCAUGAGCAGGGCCAACCCCCCCCAGGAGCAGGAGAUGGGAAGUAACGGCGCCCCUCAGAAGAACUGGAAGGGAAUCGCUAUCGCAUUACUGGUUAUAUUGGUGGUCUGCUCCCUAAUCACAAUGUCGGUAAUCCUGCUGACGCCAGAUGAACCAACAAAUUCAUCAGAUACAAUUCUCACCUUGGAGGAUCUUUUCAGAAAAGAGUUUUCUAUCCAAAAUCCAGAACCUAGAUGGAUCAACGAACAUGAGAUUGUGUAUAAAAACAAGGACGGUUAUGUCUUCAAAUUAAACAUAGAGACCAACGAGACCACCACACUACUGGAAAAUGCAACGUUUGUAACAUUCAAAGCAUCUCGAUAUUCUGUAUCUCCAGACCUGCGAUAUGUUCUCCUGGCAUAUGAUGUAAAACAGGUGUUCCACUAUUCGUUCACCGCUUCCUAUGUGAUCUACAACAUCCACACCAGGGAAGUUUGGGAGCUGAACCCCCCGGAGGUGGAAGACUCUGUGUUACAAUACGCAGCUUGGGGUGUUCAAGGGCAGCAGCUGAUCUUUAUCUUUGAGAAUAACAUCUAUUAUCGGCCGGACGUGAAGAGCAGCUCGUUAAGACUGACAUCGUCUGGGAAAGAGGGGAUAAUUUACAAUGGGCUCGCAGACUGGCUUUACGAGGAGGAACUGCUGCGCACCCACGUGGCUCACUGGUGGUCCCCCGAUAGCGAGAGGCUGGCGUUCCUCAUGAUAAAUGACAGCUUGGUGCCUAAUAUGAUCAUUCCUCAGUAUACUGGCAGCUUGUAUCCCCCAGGAAAGCAGUUUCCAUAUCCUAAGGCUGGUCAGACAAAUCCCACCGUGAAAUUAUUAGUGGCAAAUCUCUAUGGGCCGACACAUACCUUAGAGCUGAUGCCGCCUGAGAGCCUGCGAUACAGGGACUAUUAUAUCACAAUGGUGAAGUGGAUCAGUAACACGCGGACCGUCGUCAGGUGGUUAAACCGCCUGCAGAACAUCUCCAUUCUCACAGUCUGUGAGACGACUACAGGAGCAUGCACUAAGAAGUAUGAAAUAGUCUCCGAUGUCUGGCUUUCAAAACAGAAUGAGGAACCAGUAUUUUCCAAAGAUGGCAACAAAUUUUUCUUGACUGUACCCGUGAAACAGGGCGGGCGUGGAGAGUUCCACCAUAUCGCCAUGUUUAAUGUACAGGUGAAAACAGACCUUGUCAGCAUUCGGCAUCUCACUUCAGGGAGCUGGGAAGUCAUUAAGAUCCUGGCGUACGAUGAGCCGUCGCAGAAGCUGUAUUUCCUAAGCACAGAAGAUUCGCCGAGAGGGCGACAGCUUUACAGUGUAUCAAUCUUUGGGUUACUAAACCGCCAGUGUCUGUCCUGUGGAUUUGCAAGAGAGCAAUGUUCCUACUUCAGCGCAAAGUUCAGUCCUUUAAACCAUCACUUCCUGCUGCACUGCAAAGGUCCAGGCGUUCCGAUGUUCAGUGUGCACAGUACGAAUAACCCGUCAGAUUUUUAUACAAUUGAAAACAAUUCUGUUUUGCAUGAAGCCAUUUCCCAGAAACAGAUAUUCAGGAGAGAAAUAAAAAUGAUUCACAUUGAAGAUUAUGAGCUUCCCCUGCGACUGUCGUUUCCCCGGGACUUUACAGAGCAGAACCGAUAUCCUCUUCUCCUCAUCGUGGAUGAAUCCCCAGGGAGCCAGCUUGUCACUGAUAGGUUCCACGUGGACUGGGACUCUGUCAUUAUAAACUCGGAUAACGUUAUCGUGGCUCAGUUUGAUGGACGUGGCAGCGGUUUCCAGGGACUCAAGAUCCUGCAAGAAGUUCACCGGGGACUCGGAUCUGUGGAAGUAAAGGACCAAAUAGCUGCUGUAGAGUGGUUACUGCAGGAACCGUACAUUGAUCCCAACAGAUUGAGUAUAUUUGGAAAGGGAUAUGGCGGAUACAUCGCUUCUAUGAUCUUAAAAGCCAAUGAAAGACUUUUUAAAUGUGGAGCCUUAAUCGCCCCCAUUACGGAUAUGAAGUUGUAUGCUUCUGCCUUUUCCGAGCGUUACCUUGGAAUGCCGUCCACGGAGGAGACCACAUAUCAGGCAUCAAGUGUCUUACAUAACAUUCAUGGCUUUAAAGAGAAGAAUCUAUUGCUAGUCCAUGGAACGGCAGACGCAAAAGUUCAUUUCCAGCAUUCGGCAGAAUUAAUUAAGCAGUUGAUCAAGGUCGGGGUGAAUUACACAAUGCAGAUAUAUCCGGACGAAGGUCACAGCAUCUCAUCUGAGAAGAGCCGGUUCCACCUCUACAGCACCCUACUCCGGUUCUUCAGCGAGUGUUCCCAGGGAGAAACCCCGAUCGUUCUGGUGGAAGUUGAAGAAGAUGAAUGAAGAUCAGUUUGGGAUAUUUUUGUCCGUUCCGAGUCAUUGGCACCCUCCCAGAGACAGACUGUUCCAACAACAGUUACCCAUCAGCACACAUGAAGCAUCCAGUUACCGGCAGACUCCAGGACCUGGUACUGAGGAGAUGACUUUCCGCCUGCGGGGUGGGGGGGGUGCGUAGGGUAUUUUACUUUCCCGAUGGACCCACAUUUGGAUACAAUUAGUGUAGUGCAUGUUUUCUUCUGUUUCAAGACAUUGUACUAACGUUUGAUUUUGAGGCGCUGCGUGCAGUUUCCGGCCAACAUUCCUUCCAAAAAUCGCACCAUUUUUCCGAAACAUUUUGUUCUACACUGGUUUCUUAUUCUUGCUUUAUCAGACCCCGUUCCGUUGGUUGUUUCACAUCCAUAUUCCUACUGGAACUUUUACAGAUUCCUGACUUGUUACCGCUUCCUAACCCCAGAGGGGAGCACUUUUUUGGUAGAGGAUUUUUUUGCAAUGUAUAUGUGCAUUUCUACAUAUACAUAAACUCAAUAAAAAAAACAAAAAAAAAACAAAGAAUCUCCCUUGAAUCUCUAAGGGACGUCUAUAUUUUUCAAGUCGUAACGGAGGCUCCAUUAAACUGCAAACUCUUAACCAUUGCAGUUGUGUUUAGCGGGUUCUCGUUUUACAACAAGAGUUUUAUUUGUGGAUUAGUUUAAACUACAGAAGAUACUGACUUGCUUUACUUUCCAAUGUAAAUUUCUCACUUGUAUAUAUGAAAACAUCAAUAUUAAAUUAUGGUUUGAUAAAAA